AUGCCUAGCGUGGAAACAAUUAGUAGAUUAAGUUAUGUCUCAUUAAUAACCAAUAGUCAUGAUGAUUUUAUAAAACUGUUUAAUUUUUAUUCAAAUUUAGGUUUCAGAUUAACUAAAAAUUUCUCAAGAAUAUCAUAUAAUGGAACAUCUGGAGUGAACAGUGCGCAAUUACAAUUAGGGGUGUCAAAGGAUUCAUUAAGAGAAGCUUGGUUAGAAUCUUAUCCUUUACAAGAUUUAGAUAAUAAUGGAAAUUUAAAACCAUGGCAAGAAUUGAAAGUUUAUAGUGGAGAUAAUUGUGAAAAAUUAUCAGAAUCAACUAUAUUCAAAAUAAGGUUAUCAAAUGAAAAGGAGUUAAAAUCAAUUGACAAAAAAUUUGUAUUAUUCAGUACGGAUUUAUCAAAAUUAAAAGAUAUCUUGAAAAAAUCAAAAAUAGAGAUAACAGAUGUUGAUAAGAAUGUUUUCAGUAUUCAGGAUCCAUUAGGCAAUACUUUAUGGUUUUCAAAUAUAGAUAAUGAGUUAAAUCCAAGAGAGUAUAACUCACCUGAGGAAUAUAUCGAAGUUAAAACAAAAGAAAUCUUGUCAGUUAAAACUGGCCCGAAACUAAAAUCAAACAUCGACUUGGUGGUUGAAGAAAAUGAUUCCAGAUUAAUUAAAACAUCCAUCACAGGUAAAAACAAUCAAUCAGAACAACUAACCAAGAAAAAGAAAAUUGCGGUUAUGACAUCAGGUGGUGAUGCUCCAGGUAUGAAUCCAGCAGUUAGAGCAGUUGUUAGAACUGCUUUGUUUCAUGGUUGUGAAGCAUAUGCAGUAUACGAAGGUUAUGAAGGUUUAGUUAAAGGUGGUGAAUUAUUAAAGAAAAUGGAAUGGUCAGAUGUUAGAUCAUUUUUAUCAUUAGGUGGUACAGCAAUUGGUACAGCAAGGUGUAAAGAAUUCAGAGAAAGAGAAGGUAGAUUAGAAGCUGCAUUCAAUAUGGUUGUCAAUGGAAUAGAUGCAUUAGUUGUUUGUGGAGGUGAUGGUUCAUUAACUGGUGCAGAUUUAUUUAGAAGUGAAUGGCCAUCUUUAGUUAAAGAAUUAGUUGAUACUAAAAAAUUGACAGCUGAACAAGCAAAACCUUAUCAAAAUCUUACAAUUGUUGGUUUAGUCGGAUCAAUUGAUAAUGACAUGUCCGGUACUGAUGUAACUAUUGGUUCAUAUUCUGCAUUGGAGAGAAUUACUGAAAUGGUUGAUUAUAUAGGAGCUACAGCAGCAUCCCAUUCAAGAGCGUUUGUAGUGGAAGUUAUGGGUAGACAUUGUGGUUGGUUAGCAUUAUUAUCUGGUAUGGCAACAAGUGCUGAUUUUGUAUUUAUUCCAGAAAGUCCUCCAAAAGCUGGUAAAUGGAAACAACAAUUGAAAGAGGUUUGUUUGAGACAUAGACAAUAUGGUAGAAGAAAAACUACAGUUAUAGUUGCUGAAGGUGCAAUAGAUGAUGAAUUGAAUCCUAUUACAUCCGAUGAUGUUAAAAAAGUGUUGGUUGAAUUAGGUUUAGAUACAAGAAUCACUAUAUUGGGGCAUGUACAAAGAGGUGGUACAGCAGUUGCAUAUGAUAGAUCAUUAGCUACAUUACAAGGAGCAGAAGCUGUAAAAGCAGUGUUAGAUUUAACUCCAGAUACUCCAUCACCAAUGAUUGGUAUACUAAAGAAUAAAAUAGUAAGAGUACCAUUAGUUGAUGCUGUAAAACAGACAAAAGCAGUUGCUGAAGCAAUUGAACAUAAAGAUUUCAAAAAGGCAAUGAGUUUACGAGACGCCAAUUUUUCUGAUGCAUAUAAAUAUUUUAGAUCAAUAACGUAUUAUGAUGAUGGGUCAAAACAAUUAAAUAAAGAUAAGAGAUUAAAUAUUGCAGUGAUUCAUGUUGGUGCAGCAUCAGCUGGAUUAAAUGCAGCAACUAGAGCUAUAGUAUUACAAAGUAUAUCAAGAGGUCAUAAUUUAUUCGCAAUACAAGAUGGAUUUUCAGGUUUGAUUCAAGGUAAAAUAAAAGAAUUAAAAUGGUUGGAUAUUGAAGGUUGGCAUAAUAGAGGUGGUAGUGAUAUUGGUACAAAUCGUUCAUUACCUUCAAUAAAUUUUGGCAAAGUUGCAUUUUAUUUACAAAAAUUUAAUAUUCAAGGUUUAUUAAUUGUUGGUGGAUUUGAAGCUUUUACUUCAUUACAUGAAUUACAUGAUCAAAAACCAAAUUAUCCUAUAUUUGAUAUACCUAUGGUUGUUAUACCAGCUACUGUUUCUAAUAAUGUCCCAGGUUCGGAAUAUUCUUUAGGUUCAGAUACUUGUUUGAAUCAAUUAGUUGCUUAUUGUGAUGCAGUUCAACAAUCUGCUUCUUCAAGUAGAAGAAGGGUCUUUGUGGUUGAGGUUCAAGGUGGUCAUUCAGGUUAUGUUGCUUCAUAUUGUGGUUUGAUAACUGGUGCCUUAGCUUCCUAUACUCCAGAAAGUAGAGUUAAUCUUACCGAAUUACAAAGAGAUAUAGAAUUAUUAUUUAAAGUUUUUCAAGCAGAUAGAGGUGAAGAUCAUAAUGGUAAAUUAUUGAUAAGAAAUGAACAAGCAUCAAGUGUAUAUACAACAGAAUUAAUUGCUGAUAUAAUUAGAGAAAAUGCAAACAAACGAUUUGAAACAAGAACUGCAAUUCCAGGUCACGUUCAACAAGGUUAUACACCAACAGCAUAUGAUAGAGUAACAGCUAUUAAAUUUGCAUUAAAAUCAAUGGAAUUCUUAGAAGAAUGGAAUAAUUGUACAGAUAAGACAGAAAUUAAAAUAGAUGAUGCAGAAGUUGAAAGACAUAAUGCUGUUGUUAUCGGAAUUCAUGGAGAUUCAACUGAAUUUACUAGUGUUAGACAUUUAUAUGUAAAUGAAGCUGAUGUUAAAUUGAGGAAAGGUAAAACUGUACAUUGGAGAAAUAUGAUUGAAAUUGGCGAUAUGUUGAGUGGUAAAUCUUUAUUGAAAAGAGAAGAAGAAAAUCACUAG